UAUGUAAGACAUUUAAAGGUAAGGUUGCAAAGAGAAUCACCCCAGUUGCCUUCUAGGGAUCGGACGUGUAGCAUCUACGCGACGAUGCUCCUGCACUUACUAUCAGCCCUUUUGCUCCUGAGCUGCGCCAACGCAGCCGCCAUAUCGGUAGCCGACGCCUUCGCGGUACCGGAGCCCUGUCACUACGGAUGUCAUCACCACCAUGGUCACCAUCACCACGGUCACCAUCACCACGGUCACCACCACCACCACCACCACGGUGGUUUCGGGGGAUAUGGCGGUGGUGGAUAUAUAAUUGGUGGAGCUGUUGGAGGCUAUGGAGGUUAUGGAGGUUACUACGGCUGAAGUCACUUCUCAAGAACGCUUCAGCUGUUUCUGAAAGUUUCUGUUGUAUUUAUAUAAAAGAAAAUGAAAUACGAGAAAAGUAAGAUAUGGUUCUUCGUUUAAAACUUAAGAAAAUGUUGUUGCAAGGUAAUUUCCGUACGAAAAAAAUGGAAAUGUUGGAAUAUAUAUACUACAUUUGGUUGUAAUAAAUAUAUAAAUAUC